ACCGGCGGUGGACUACAACUCCCAGCGUGCCGCGCGCGUCCGGCCGGCUGCACCGGGGCUUUGCGCGUGGCGGCCGCCGAGCUCCGCGCGGGGCAAACCUCCCGGCUCGGCCAUGCGGGGAGUUGCUGAAGUAAAGGAACCCUGCAGCCUUCCCAUGCUAUCUGUUGACAUGGAAAACAAGGAAAAUGGCUCUGUCGGUGUAAAAAAUGUAUUCCUAGUUGGAGAGAGGAGAGGAUUUGUCCUGAGGGACCUCCAAAGCAAAGCUAGGCUAUGUGAUUGGAUGUACACUCCAGGAAAAUCAUCUUGGAUGAGGUAUGGAGAAAGCCAGACAAAUACUCCCAACGCAGAAAUGAGGCAGAGUCCCAGUAACUGCAGUUCCAUGGAAAAUGGGAGACCACCUGAUCCUGCAGACUGGGCCGUGAUGGAUGUCGUCAAUUAUUUCCGAACCGUGGGAUUUGAGGAGCAAGCUAAUGCUUUUCAGGAACAGACUUGGACUGAAUUAUACCACCAGCUUUCCUGUUUUCCCAGCAUGCAGGAAAUUGAUGGAAAAUCCCUGCUAUUGAUGACAAGAAAUGAUGUGUUGACAGGACUUCAGUUAAAAUUGGGGCCUGCUCUGAAAAUCUACGAAUAUCAUGUAAAACCUCUGCAGACAAAGCAUUUAAAGAACAACUCUUCAUAGUACAGUCAAAUUGGGGUCUUCGACCUCAAAAAAUACAUAAUGACAUAAUUUAGUUUCAUGUAAUGAAACUUUGUAAACAGAAUACAUACAUGUGUAUAUGUAAAGAAUUUCAAUCAAAUGAAACGUUAUCCUAUUGGAUAGACUAGGCAAUUCAUCAGCUCACCUGAAAUCAGCCAGGAGGAGCAAGGACAAGAUGCGCACAGGGUGGUUUUCCUCAUGGAUUUUGUCAAAUAGAAUGAUCUUUGACACGAUUAGACACUCCUCCCCACAAAGGCUUUGAAAUAAUAAGGAUUUUCCUCAUCUCUUUAUAGAUUGCUUUCCCAAAAUCUUUUAAAAAAGAAUUUAAUUGAAUGACAGUCUUUUGGUUACAGACUUAGGAUGAGUAAAAACAAGAAAAUUUGGGGAGGGGGAGAAAGAAGAAAGGGAUUGCUGUCUCCCUUGAAUUCCUCUGCUCCUUAGAGCUUGUGUUACUUGGAUGGAAUUGCCAACACCCUUUUUUGUAGAGGGUUCUCCACUUGACCUUAUUAAGGUUUUAUUGGGAUAUGCUGCAGUGUUUGAAAUGAACAUGCAUCAUGGCCCCUUCAGGAGCAGAAUCAUAGCUCUGAAAAGAGAAGCUCCGUUGUGUACUGAGGAUAUCCAUCCAUAUUCAGCUAGCUUUCAAAUGGGGUAAUGAUAUUUUCUGCAUAGAUUUUCUUUCAAAUUGGUUCUUUGUUUCUGAAGAAAGGAUUUUUUUUUAACUUCAUGGUUUUAUUUAUAAUAAUUUGUUUCUGAAGAAAUUUGCCGAGAGUUACAGGUCAAAAAGCCUUGUUACUAGUACAGAAUAUUUUUUUAUAUAUUCCUUCAUGAUGGUGUAAUUUUUUUUAAUUGUCCUAUGCUUUGUUCAGUUCCUGGGUUAAGUACUUGUUUUUAAGAGCUUGGAAAAAGUGGGCUUGCCACAUCUCUGUUGAAAGAGACAUUUGUUCAAUCUCUGUGUGUCAACGCCUUGUUGAAUUGGUGCUUUGUGGUUGCAAUAAAGCAUUGCUUC